AUGUCAGCUGAUCACAAAGAACUAAGAUCGGUCGCCGUUUUUUUAGCCGCAAAUAUUGGAAACGACCCCGGAUACAAAGAGCUUGCACAACAUGUUGCUGCAAUGUUCGCUAACAAUAGAUGGAAAUUGGUGUAUGGCGGAUCCGCCCGAGGGCUAAUGGGAAUCCUUGGCCAAACCGCGUCAGCCUUGGGUGUCGACGUUCACGGGGUUAAGCCUCGCCCAUUCCUCAAAUACGAAGAAACCGGCAAACUCCCAAAGUUCGGUCAUCAUGAGCUAGUGGAUGAUUUGCACUCUCAGAAGAGACGAAUAGCGGAGCUAAGCGAUGCAUUUAUAAUACUACCUGGGGGAUUUGGAACACUUGAAGAAUAUACUGCAAUUCGGAUGUGGUCAAAACUCGGCGUCUGCCGCCGCCCUAUCGUGCUGUUGAACUUCCAAAACUUUUACACUCCGUUGCUAGACUGGAUCACUGGAGCAACAAAGUCGGGCUUCAUAUCAGAGAACAGUGCCGCCGUUGUAUCGGUCGUCAACUCGAUCGAAGAAAUAAAUUUCUCGCUCUUGGAGAACCCCCUGAUUGAAAACGAUGACAAAUUCGACUGGUCAGUUGUAGUUCCGGACCAUACCAGCAGUCUCUUACAAUCUCAACUUGAGAAAUUACUUCUGGAAACCGCAGAUCAGGUUUCUCUUCAACAUUGUCUGACAGUUCAUUGGAGUACAUGGCAUACAUGGAAUUACUACAAUCGAAUAGAGCCUGGUAUCACCGAAACGAAUGACCAUGUCUGGAAAUCCAUCUCACCCUUUUCGACAUGCGUUGGUAUGGCUUUUCUGGUGGCUAGAAACUUCCGCGCUGCUCUUGAAAUCACCCCGGGCCUCGUUCAAUACUCUGAGAGACUUAGGACAGUUGCCUGCCCUGCAUCAGCAGAUUCGAUUCAACCCUAUCACUGCCUCACCAGCGUCUUUAUGGAUCAGUAUUGCGUCGUCAUAGACCCCGUGUUCUCGGUGCAGGCUUUCAAAGUGCCGUAUAAUGGGUCGUUCGAGACCUUACCAUAUAUAACCACGUCUGGUCGUUCCCAACAACGAUGUUUUCGCUAUAUCACAGGUCCAAGUGGCGAGAAGCUAUUGACCAUGGAGAAAAUCGGUAGUAUGGAAGCGCCGGUGCAAUUUUCAGAUAUCGAUCACAACACUGCUCUACGACAGAUCUCCAUGCGAGCGGCUAGAGAAAGUAAACCCAACUCUCAGGUUCCAAGCAAAAAAGUCCUUGUUGUACGAUCUUUGAUGAACGAAAGACCGACUAAGAUUGCAUCGACCCCUUUGAAUGCGGAGUUUGUUGUGGCGGCUUGUCGCGUGCAAGUCGAUUUCGCCCAACGAACUCUGACGAUGCAAAUACCUUCAACGGACUGGCUUUUCAAACCUGAAAACGAGCGAUACCUUCAGCAGUUACAGCAGUCAAAGAUGUAUACACCAGUCAACGAUGCGGUGCUGAAUCUGGUUGUUGUUCUCCGUUCUUCACCGGAUGGUGAACUCGUUUCGGAUCAACUUCAUUUGAUGGGCGAGGUGGCAGCGCGAUUAGGACUCGCAAGAGGAGAAAUCUUGCAGAUUGCUCGCUCUCUGGACUUUUUCCAGCGUACGUGA